CGCCGCUCCCACGCCACCAUGGCCGCCAGCGACCUGUAGUGCGCCGCAUCCGGGCCGCGCACACGAGCCUCGAGGGCUGUCACUUUGGUGAAGGCCUCGCUUGUCGCGAAGGCGAAGAUGGAGCCGAAGGGAGUUAGGAACCUGUGUGUUUUGUGGUGGGAAGAGUGGGAAGGUUUGAGAGGGCGUUGGAGCCCCACAAAGAGGUGGGGACUGGAUUGGGGGUGGGAGACCACUCACUUGACUAGCUCCCUCCAUCCUGCCAGGUACUGCGACAACUCCACAUCCCCUUCGGGGUUCAUACUGUCACUGAACGACCUCAUCAUGCGGCCCAGCAAACCCUGGGGGCCCAGACACUGAGGCUUUUCCAGCUCCAGAGCCUUCAGGGGUCCCGACUGUUUCCGGACCUGGAGGGCAGAUAUGAGGGGAAGAGAAUGGGAGCAGAACCCCUAGCCUGCUGGGUCGCCUUCGCCAAGUAGCCCAGCCAGGCUCUGAAGAAAUUCCUAAGGUCUAGCUGGUGUCCCUCCUGCUGUACUUUCAGCUUCUGGCGGGAGAAGGGAGACAAGGACGACCCUUCUUUCACCAGAUCCUCAGCUUGGUUCCACUUCCCUGUCCCACCUGGAGCUCCCAGUCCCAGCCCUGUCCCAAGUUUGUACCUGGAAAAGCGGCGGUCCCUCGGGAGUGCAGGACUGUGACCCAUAUUGGCAGCCGGAGAGGGCGCCUGCGGAGAGGCGAGGCAGUGGUGAGGGCUUGAGGAGAGAGCUUAGGUCCCGAGGGCCUGGCCUCCUGGGUUUCUCCCAGAGCAGGUGAGGGAAGGGGCCACCCACCAAGGCUCCGAGCACAGAGAUAAAGCAGCAGCAGCACGAAGAUAAUGAAAGGAAUUGCAUGGCGGAACCAGGGCCUCAGCACCUGGGGAGGUGGCAAGACCCCCAUGGCUGCUACUGGGACCACCAGCCCCUCACCGGCCCCCAGCCAGUCCUGUCCUUCCGCCUCCAGGAGGGGAGAGAAGCCCGUGGUGCCCUGAGGUGCAAAGGAUUAAUGAUUAACCUAUAAGGCCCCUUCCCCUGUGCCCUUUGCCCCAGAGGGCAGCAUCCCAGAGGUGAGGGGCCUGAUGAAGGGUAUUUGAGGGAUUUGGUAGCAAUGACACAUUUCUACAUUUCUCUUCUCUGAAGGGCCCAGGUUGUAGUAAGAGGAAGCCUGGGUAUUGAGAAGAGUUGGAGGUCAGAACCAGUUUCCUCACUGGGCAAUGGUGUGGCCCUAAAUUAACUCUGAGCUUGAGUUCCCUACACUAUAAAUUGAGGAUAAGAGACACGUGGAAAACCUCAUGUGAGGAUUAAAUGAUAAUGUAUAUGCAAACACUGUAAAUGGAAAAGCUUACCACAAUUGCUCCAUUAAUCUUACCUAUUAAGUUCAAGCAUGGGGCACCUGAUCCAGGGAACACCCACAUCUAAAUUCUCUAUCCUAUGUGCAGGGGACUUUGUCUUGAUCUGCAUGCAUGACCUCUUGGUUAUAUACUUUAGGCUUUAUCUUUUACAUUUUUGUGCUUUAGUUUUUUAAACUCCAGAUUGGCUCCUCAGUUAUUUGUCAGACCAGUCUUUAUUUACUUCUGCAUGCUAGACCUUGUACUGGGCGUCAAAAGUGCCUUCACAAGAGCUCAAGGUCCAUUGGCAAAUAUCAUCUGUCUCCCCUACUGAAAUGUGAACUUUGAUGAAGACGGGGGCCUUAUUUUUCUUGGUUGCUGCUCUACUUACAGCACUUAGACUAUUGCUUGGGCCAAAAUACGUUAUUGUUAAAAAAUUAUGUAUUGAAUAAACAAAUACUUGUGAAGGGCAGACAAAAUCGGAGGCAGUGCCCCCUGUGACAAAUUUGAGCCAGUUUUCUUUUUGCAAAUUAGGAGUCCACCUGGUGGUCAUAGAGGGAAAAACAUUCAGGGGAAGUGAGAAGCAAUGCAAGCUGCAACAUCUCCGGUUCUCAGUACCCUGUUCACAAACUUAGAAUUGAUCCUGUGUCUCUAUGUAUAUUUUCUUCUGGGGUGGAGGGGUAUCCCAGGUUCUCAAGGAGUCACAGUCCCAAUCACUAAGAAGACCCUUACUAGUACCCACAGUUUAUGGAUUUGCCCUCUUUCUCUGAUGCUCCCUCACAUCCUGGAGGUCCCCGGGUUUGCUCACGACCAAUCCUGUCCGGUGGGAUUCCAGAGCUAUCACUUUCAUCUCCAGACUUAGGCUCCCCAUUUCCCAGUGUGGGAAUGUUUCCCAGCUUGCUGACUGUGAUUUUGGGGUAAUUCCCAUCUCCUAAAAUAGCUGUGAGGAUUAAAUAAAGCACACCUGCAAAACGCUAACCACAAUUCAGUGGCCUAUAGUGAACGUUCAGUAAAGAGAUGGUUAUUUCAGCUCCUUGGCUCUGGCUGCCCCUCUUCUGGCGCUGCGAGCCUCUGUCUCGCCGAGCAGAGAGAAUCAAGGCUGCAGGGUUCCGGGCGCGGAUUAGUUUCGGGUGUCACUUAAUCUGGGCGACUCUUCCGUAAUUGGAGCCCUCCUAGGGGCCAAGGUGGUAUAAACGUGCGGGAGGAGCCCCAGGCUCACAGAAGCUGCGAGAUGAAGCAGGGCGCAGGAGACAAGUUGCUGUUUCUGCUGUGGGCGACGUGCUGCCGACGUGCCCUAGCAAAUGGCCCGAGCGGCUAUAAAUCGGUCAUCGAGGUGACCAACGGGGGCCCUUGGGGCGACUGGGCCUGGCCCGAGAUGUGUCCUGAUGGAUUCUUCGCCAGCGGGUUCUCCAUCAAGCUGGAGCCCCCCCAAGGCAUUCCUGGAGACGACACCGCUCUGAACGGGAUCCGGCUGCACUGCGCACGCGGGAACGCAGAGCGCAACACGCACGUGGUGGAGUCCCAGUCUGGAAGGUGGGGUGCAUGGAGUGAGCCGCAGUGGUGUCCCGGCGGCGGCUUCCUCGUGGCUUUCUCACUUCGCGUGGAGGUACCCACGACGCCUGGGGACAACACGGCUGCGAACAACGUGCUCUUCCGCUGCUCAGACAGCACGGAGCUGGAGGGGCCUGGCCUGGCCUGGGGAGAUUUUGGAGACUGGAGUGAGCCGUGCCCUAAAGGCAUGUGCGGCUUGCAGACCAAGAUCGAGCGGCCUAGGGGCCUCCGCGAUGACACCGCGCUUAACGACGUGCGCUUUUUCUGCUGCCGCAGUUAACGUUAACGCUGCCACGGCCCUCUCCCCGGUCCAGAGGGUAUUUCCCGUCCUCCUGCUAUUAAAGCUUCUCUGUCUUGGCUUUGGUCUCGCUUGUUUUAGGGGUGAAAUACUGCAUCUCCCUGUCUUCCUCCCAACCUAGAAUUGGGUCAGGUCCAAGUUAGGGCUUGGUCUCAAAGGUUCCAUGGCAGGCUACAGACCCACAGUCCAGGAAAAAGCACUGAAACACAAUUUUGCACAUAAGUUAAGGACAUCGCUGGCUUUCUGAGGGUGUCUGUAGACACAUCGCACCAAUAUAGCACACGUUGUUUCCUUUCUGAACCACCGGUGACCUCAGAUUAAGAAAACUUCUACCGCAUUUGGUGACAAUGCUAAGAUGCAUUAAGUCUUCAUAUUCUAUAAGAGGCGAAUGUGUCUUUUCAAUAGUUUCUUUUUCUUUCCCCCAACAAAACUCACUGGCUUUUUUGUAUACAGAUUCCCAUUUAGGAUCUUUGUCCUUGUCCUUUAGGCUCCUUUGUCCUUUGUUUAGAUCCCCCGUUAUCUAGAAGGUUAGCCCAUCCACCAGAUAUCAGCUCCAAUUUCACUGAGACUUUUUUUACUUUAUAAAAUCCCUCCAUCAGUCAAUAUCUAUCCCGUGCCGGCG